AUGCCUGCAAUUAACGAACCCCCUCAAUGGACCGCUCCUGUUAAUUACCAGUCAAGAAAGGUCGUUGUGCUGGGUGGUGGAGUGUUGGGAAGGCGCAUAGGCUACAAUGCCGUCAUCCGCGACACGAACCAAGCUCAAUGUGAUGCUGCUCUGCAGUACAUCAAAGAUAAUGUAACGACCUUUGCAACCAAAGCUACUACUUACAGAUCUCCCGGAAAGGCUUCCGCAACACUCGAUUUGGAAGUAGCAAUCAAGGAUGCAUGGAUUGUAUUCGAAUGCGUACCUGAAAUUCUCAAUCUCAAGAUUGAUGUCUUUGCCGAACUCGAGAAGCUGGCACCCAAAGACUGCAUUCUUGCAUCCAAUUCAUCAUCCUACAAGUCGACCGGAUUGAGUCCUUAUGUCGCUGUCAAGGAGUCAACUGGAUUCUUAUUUAACCGUAUUUGGGCAGCCAUUAAGCGUGAGUGCUUGAUGGUUAUGGCCGAGGGUGUUUCAACACCUGAACAGAUCGACAAGGCGUGGAUGGAGAUACUGGGCUGCAAUUUUGGACCGUGCAUGUCGAUGGACAGUGUCGGACUUGAUACGGUCGCCUUGAUUGAGAAACACUAUAUCCAAGAGCGAGGCCUCAACUCAGCAUUAACUGUUGACUUCCUGCAGGAGCACUACCUCGAUCAUGGAAAACUAGGGAUGAAGAGCGACAAGGGUGGGUUAUAUGCCCCUCAGCCAUCUAAGCCCCAGCCUCCUCUAGCUGCCCAGGCACCACAAAAGAAGUUGAUCGUUCUCGACACGGGACUAGGUCAACCCCUGGCUGGUAAAGCACCGGCAGACAUCAUCUCCUGCGGACGCUUGAUAGAGGUAUCUCUCGAUAAUCAGGCACGGUGUGUCCUCAGCGAAGGUCUUCCACUGCCAGACGGCGUGGCAGCGCACAACGGCAAACUUUACUACACAAACAUGGGUAUGCCCAGCCUCAACAACGGCAGUGUAUGCUCUCUCAAUCUCGAUGGCACAAAUCCUACUACCAUCGUGCCUCCAGGCAAGAUAUUCACUCCAAAGCAACUCAGCAUUGAUACCACUGUAAACAAACUGUACAUUGCUGAUCGCGAGGGCUGCAAAAUCUGGCACUGCAAUACUGAUGGCUCAGGUCUCGAGGUCCUCAUCGACUCAGCCAGAGACUCUCAUGAAGACGAUGCUACUCCUGGGGAUAUCAUGGAUCAAUGCAUCGGCAUCACCAUCGCACCUUCCCUCGGGAAAAUUUUCUGGACUCAAAAGGGCCCUGCGAAAGGAAACUGCGGCCGCAUUUUCAGCGCUUCCAUCAACUUUCCAGACAACAGUACAGCCGCCACACGUACAGAUGUCUCACUUGUCGCCGACAAGCUACCUGAAUGCAUUGAUCUCGAAUACAUCGCCGAAACAAAUACACUCUACUGGACAGACCGGGGCGAAGUGCCUUUUGGAAAUUGCCUCUACAAGGCUGCUUUGACUGAACAAGGUACCCUAGCCGAGAAGCCUCAGGUCUUGGCCCAGAACUUCAACGAAGCCAUUGGAUUGAAGGUCGAUAUCGAUGCCAACUGCAUCUAUGUUUCGGACCUGGGAGGUUCUGUGUGGAAAGUUGAGGAUAAUGGCAGCGGAAAGAAGCAAAGGAUAUUGGAUGAGCAGACAUCGUGCUUCACAGGUUUGACGAUUGUGUAG